UUUUGCUCUGUCUCCCAGCCCCCAAAUUAUUAUCGCUGCCACGGCGUUGGGCCUCGGUCUAGUCUUCUAGCCGCAUGAAUGAUGCCCCUACUUGAAACAGCUGUUCAAAUGGCGGGUCACUGUGUUGUUGCGCCAAUUGCCAACUCCCACACAUGCUGCGCUCGCCGGGCUACUUUUCCGCCCCCCACCUUGAUAAAAGCGAUCAAUUAGCUGUGCAUCUGCUGGCAUUUCAUACCUCAUAUGGCUCUAACGUUUGGAUAUUAAGAAGACAUGUCAGCGAAGUUGCAUUUAGCGUUGCUCCACGCGCUGCUGUCCUUCAUCCCCCCUUCUCUCGGCCCCAUUGAUGCCCAAUGUGCUGCCGGCACGGAGCACUCUGGGUUCUUCGCCGUGUAUUUCCUUUUGCUUCUCAUCCUCGAUUAUGGUCUUUUACUUUUGCUUUCCAGCCUAACGUGGAGUGACGCAGAGUGCUACCUGCUGGAAUAGCGGUGCCAUUGGGUUCGGACCGUAUCCGCUUUGUCCCAACAUAGUGUACAGAAUAUUAUCUUUUAUUUUAUUUUCAAUCUAUUUUUGACACUUUUCAUUAUCUCAGGACUCCAGCCUCGUGACUAUUCUCUUGUUACUUGAAAUAGGUCACUAGCUGGCGUUUUCCCUGUGGCCCAAUUCGUGGCCCUUCAGUGCCUCAUCUUAUGAGUUGACGUCUGACGCAUUGCUCGCCUGCUUCGAGAGUCCGUCUAUACCCAACAGUUAUAUAUCAGUUUGUCCUAUCGCCUGGCUGCUUUGUCAGUCUAGAAUAACCAACGUUCUUUUCCUUGUUCAAUCAUAUUUUGCCCAUUGUUCUUUCUGGUAUAUCCCUGACAUAUUCGGGCCUGCUUGCACACCAAGUGCCAUUCUGAGUCAUCUGUGCACCCAAUCAACUCGCCAUUGCCAUUGCCACCUACUGAGACACGCCUACCCUCUAUUCCAUUAGGCCGUCUGGGCACUAGCAUCCUGCCAUUAUGGCGCCGCGUUCGAAGAAGGGGAAGGGGAAGGAUAAGAACAACAAGUCGGCCAACAAGAAUGAUAAGGGAAAGAACCAAGCGAAAUCAGAGAAGCAGGAGACACAAGCUGAGUCUCCUCUUCCAGAGCAACAAGAACAGCCUGUCGAGCCUGCCGAUUUGCCUUCGACUUUAGAGGAUUUGACUCCUGCAGAAGCCGCCCCGGAAGUUGCCCAAGAAGCUGUUCUAGACAUCAACGAGGGCAGCUCCCAACCAGCUGAACUCGGUAUGGCGUCGCCUCCACAAUCUCCUAUGAUGGAUGACCAAAGCGGUCUUGAAACACCCAAACUAUCGAUUUCGGAAGAACAAGCAGCAUCAGAAUCACCAGCCGAGGAGGUUAAAGUGGGCGAAGAAGCCACAAACCAAUUUGACGAAGACGCCAAACUGGCCGAGCAGACAGAAGGCACCUUGGAACCUAGUGCUGGGAGUGCCGGAGCAAAAGAGUCGGACACCACGCCGGCAGAUGAAAAGAAUGACCCGGCCGAACAUGCGGAGGAGACGCCAGUAUUACCCGCUCAACACAAUGAUGUAAACGAAGAGCAUAGCGAUGCAUGCAAUGAAAGCGAAACGCCAAUUAAGGAAACCGGACAGAACCCAGAUCCGGCAACUGAGGAUGGUGGAGAGGGUGAGAAACUCGACAGCCCUCAGGGAGAAAACGAAACCCCAAUCCAGGCUCCAGAACCGUCUCCUGAGGAUAUUGGAGCGGUUGACAAUCCGGAGAGUCCAGUGGAAGAGAAUCAGACGUCCGCUCAUGACACUGAGAAGAAGCCUGAUCCGACAACUGAAGACGCUGAAAAAAAUGAAAGGCCCAGUAGUCCCGUGGAAGAAAAGGAGAAUUUAGCGCAAGUAGCCGACCAGAAGCCGGACAUAGCAGCUGAGGGUUGGGAAACAAGCGAAAACCCCAGCAGUCCAGUGGAGGAAGGCGAAAGCCUAACGCAAGCAACAGAGCAGGUCCCAGAACCGUCAGCUGACGAUGCUGAAGCGAGUGAAGAGUUUACUGAUGCAUGGGAUAAUAGCGAGGACCCAGCCCAAACCGAGAAGGCACCGGAUCCACCUACCCAGAGCGGUGAUGCGAGUGAACAAGCUGUUGAUGUGUUGGACCAAACCACCGAUCCAGCCCAGCCUACGGGGAAGGAACCGGCUGCAGCUACAUCCCCCCGUCAACCCUCGCCCAUAUCUACGCCAGUUGUUCCCCCGUCACCGUCUUCAAGUGAAUUUCGCCGCGUGGCAAAUGAUCCGUCUCGGCAUGGCUCCCGUUCUGGUUCUCCAGCGUCCGGAUCCACCAGAUACGUCUCUCCUGUGCCGCAGAAGCCUAGCACCCCCCUAGCUCGUUCCCUGAUGUCCCCCAUGGUGUCUCCAGCGAGGACGCCGCAAGCAGUGCCCACGUCUCACAGUGCGGCCCCAUCAACUGCACCAAGCUUCACAACCGCUCUCCGCUCCCCAGUAGGAAGCCCUGCAGGGCCUGCGCCCCCGUAUCCUUUUCAAUCGUAUCAGCCACCCCCAAACAAUGGACCCGCAACGCCCCGUGGAUUCGAUCCUUACUACGCAUCAUCUUAUCAGGCAGUCAAGGAGCUGUCUCUCAGCAGAGCGACUUCGCGCGAGGAUGGGGUUAUAUCUCCCCCCGAGUACGAGAGAGAUGAGAUAGCGCUUCUACAAAGAAUCCAGAAUGCUAUUCCCGACAUCAAUCGCUUGCUGAGUGGAUUCAAAGAUACGCAAAACAAGUUGACUACUCGGGAAGCUGAAAUAAAGCAGCUUGAGAACCAACACGAGCAGGAUUUGGUACACAAGGACUACUACAUCGAAGCACUGCAGGCGCAGAUGAAAAGGACAGCCGGCGAGCAUGCGGAAGAAACUACGAACUUGAGAAGUACGAUUUUCCGGCUUAAAAGCGAAGUUGAGGACCUUGAGGGAAGGCAGAGAGAUCUUGAAGAGAAUCUGGUGGCAUCGGAGAAGUCCAACAAGCAGCUUGUUCAGUCGCAAGCUGAGCUUCAAAGCCAAGUCGAUAAGUUAAAUGCUGAAAUCGAGGCAGCACGACAGCACCACCAAAAGGAAAUAGAACAGCAAAUCCAGGAACGAAAAGAUGCUCUUGCGGCGCAGAAACAAGAACUGACGGAGGUCUUCGAGGAAAUCAAGAAGGAGGAUGAGAAAGCGGCGGCCGAAGCCCUCAAGGCUCGCGAAACAGAGCUGCUUGACCAACAAGAAUCGAUGAAGGCCAAUUGGGAAAAAGAGAGGCAGCAGCUCCAAGAAUCCUACGAUGCACUGCAAUCAGAAUUAGAAUCGAAACAAUCCGAGCUUGAGUCAACAAAAUCGGAACUUGAAUCGUUGCGCGCCGAAAUGGAAGCGAAGCAGCUUGAACUGGAAGAGAAGCUGAAAGAAUUGGAUGAUACCCGCGAGAAGCAUAGCCAAGAAUUGGCCGAGCUUCAGCAAGCGCAUGCAGAUGCGCUGGACGGCCUGAAGGCUUCCCACUCGACGGAAUUAGAAGGACUUCGUGAUACGCAUGCCGGCGAAUUAGACUCUCUCAGAAGCCUACAUGAGGAGCAAGUUUCCGCUGCGAAAGAGCUGGACGAGAAAUUGAGCGCCUUGCAGAGACAGUCUACCGAAAAGGGACAACGCUGGGCGGCUGAGCGGGCCGAACUGGAGAAGCAGCUCUUGGAGAAUGCGGACAAGCUGGCCAGCCAAGAGAGAGAGAGAGAGAAGCUGGAGAUGGUCUGUCUGACCAAGGAGCAACAGCUCCAACGCGCUGUGGAGGAGAUGCGCAUAACCAUUGAUAAUUUGGACGGAGACCGCGAAAGGUUGAGAAAGACACUGCACAGCCUAGGAGAGGCGACUGAUCUCAAGUCCACGAAGGGUGACUCAUUCUUGUAAGUGACCUGGCGCUUUGAGAAUGCGUUUUAAAAAAGUGGACGUUCCUGUUGAUGACUUUGUCUUUAAACGAUUGUUUGUUUCAUCUUCCACUCCUCAUGUAACGACUCCGCAUGUAACGAGUUAUGCUGCAUUUGUCUUUCUUGUUUCCGUUUUCUAUUUCUUAUUUGUCUAAUAGGAGUUCAUACGGAUAAUCCUAUAAAAUUAUCAGGUUCUGAUAAUAUUCCUUCUUCCGAUUUCUAGUUUGGACUGUUUCGGACAACUGUCCCGUCUUAUUGUCGACCUAUCCAAGGAGCACUUUGGGUACCUGCCUAUUGAUCCCCCCAAGGAUAUUCUGUCCAAGAUCCCAUCAGAGCUACCGUCUUUCCUUGAUAACACCCGGGCGUCCCGCGAACUGCGAUCCGUGUACGUGCAGCACGUUGUUUCGAAGACCUUGACCUACCGAAUCUUCCAGCCGUUUCUGUUCACUCUGGGAAAGAGAUACGACAAAGCAGAUACAUUCUUCCAGAUGCUGUCGAUGGAUAUCCGACGGAAGUCGGUGAGACGCGAAGCAUUCUGGCGCCAACAGACGCUGAAAGCGGCGUACACAACAUCGGAUGCCAAACAGUCCAUCAAUGUCGUGGCGGCCGUUAUCGUCGAGGAGAUUAUCGACCACAUCCGGCACUUUGCCGAUCCCAAGCAGCUGGAUGCCCUACUCACAGGCGUGAGGAAGAUCGUUAAACUAGCAGCGGAGACCUGGAGACAUGCCCGUGUGGAGCGUGAGCUAGUGUUAGCCAUGCUCCCCGCCGCGGACGCCGAAGACGUCUUCAACGACGAGUGGGAAGAGUAUGGAUGUGCCGACGAGAGAAGCAACCAGCGAUAUCAUAGCCGUGGCCGACAUGUCGUGCUACGGACCUUCCCCCGGAUCAUCCGGGAGGCUGCUCAUGAAGACUUUGCGGAUGAUGAGGAGAAGGCCAGCCCAUGCGUCUACACGUGUGGAACCGUUGUCUAUGCCGACUCGCCUGUCAUCACAAUGCGGCGUAAGGAACUCUCGAGGCGGUCGUACGAUUCCAUGGGCAGUGGAGAUGACGUGCCUCGCAGCGGAUGGAGACACUCGAUCAGUUCGAGUGGAAGCAGGGACAGUAUUCAAAGACGCUCUACCGAUCUUCGGUGACUAUUUGGCUUGACAGAACGACAGUGUACCAAAUUGGACGACUCCUUUCCCUUCUUGCCUGUGUUUUUAUUCAUUGCAUGUCUUGCUACCGACCCUAUCUUCCUUCGUUUCCUUUUCAUUUCCCUUUUCUUCUCUUCAUUUAUCUACAGAUGGUAAUUUUGCAUUUUCCUUUUAUAUAUAUUUGACUAUUCUCUCUCUUGUUUCCCUUCUUUUCAGCAACGUUAUUCACAAAUUGACGACAGUGGUUACCAAUGAUGGACAAGACAAAGACUGUAUUUGAUGUUACUCUACAUACGUUAAUGCCAAUUUCCUAUGUUAUCAUUGUAUUAUUACCAUUUUAUUUUGUACGGUUGAAUUUAGGCUUUGGAUCCUGCUCCAGCCAUAUGCCUCGAAGCCCUGGGCCACACCGCACCCUGCAUUGUAUACCGUUCUAGGCCCAGCCUAGAAGCUUAAUGAGAAGAUGAGAAGAUGAACAAUGAGAA